UGUGAAAUAAUUGGUUAUCCAAAUGCAACGAUCAAUGAAUGCGGUUAUUGUGUCGGCGAUAACACGGGUCUCGACGGAGACUAUGGAAAGGACUGCGAAGGAAUAUGUUUCGGUGAAACAGUUAUCGAUUGCGAAGGAGUGUGUGGAGGAAAUGCAUACAUAGACGAGUGCACCGGUAUAUGCAUUACUGCAGACCAAUCGGUCACUAAAGAGAUUAACGGAUCGGUGAGCCGUGACUGUCGAGGACUAUGUAUUCCUCCGGAGUUAUCGCGACCGCAACAACAGGCCUAUGAUAGGGAUGAGUGCGGAGUUUGUCGACUUCAAAGCACUGAGAAGUCGGCAUUUGUUGACUGUCUGGGCAACUGUCAGGUGUUGGGCUUAGAGAAGGUGUCACUUGUGUGCGGACAGUGUGUCGAGAAGAACGCUCAGGUGAUGGACGAGUGCGGCCACUGUCGCAACCAUAAGCAUAUCUGUUCAUGUGAUCGAGACGCAUCCAUUUGCGGCUGUAAUGACCCAAAUAACUGCUAUAAUGUCAAAGCAGUCAAUCCACGUGCCGUUCCUAACAAUAUCGACGCUAAGCUUUUGCUUUCGGGAUAUUUUCAUCCCGUUGUCAGAGACUUGAAUUGUCUUCUGGAGAAUGAGGUGACGGGAGAUAUCUUAUCGUUUCCCGUCUCAUUCAUUCAUAAAAAUAAAACAGCACUCGAGUGCACCGUUAAUUUAAAAAAAGUCGAGAGAUUAUUUGAAGAAAGCGAAAUGUUUCCCAAGAAUAUCACCACAAAAGAGUCCAAUGAAACAAUUAAUUUGCAAUUCACUGAUCCCUCGAAUUCAUUGUUCGGAAUCCCCUUCCGAUGUCAAGUGCUAUACAGUAGUGACAGAUCACAGCAAUUGACUGAUGAGACCAAUCAAUUGCACUCGUGUUCACUAAAUCCAUCAAAACUUCGCUCUCAGUCGCAAACUCUAGACAUAAAUCCCACUUUUGAUGGCAUUAAUCUAUUAUCAAACUCAUUCAAACUCAACAUAACAGCCCCUUCGCCUCAAAUAUCACAUCAAAACUGUUAUGUUUCUGAAGACGUUCACAUUAAAUUCAAGAAACAUGUGAUUAAAGAAAGCGAUCAAACGAUAGCCCUUUCAAACCCAAAACAACUGGAAGUAAUCAUUGGUAAGCUGUCGGCUGAGCCGAGUUGGUGGAGCUAUGAGCCACACAUCGCCGUCACCGGACCCUCAGAAGUGCCCGAUUGUGGUAUCUUUGCACUCGUCGGCCACUUCUCGUCCCCGAGAGGAACGACAGACGUCCAGUUCCAGUGGGAAGUGGUGGGCGAUGUGGGCACUGACUUGAAAGAGCACAUCCAAUCCAAUGGCAAGUCUACUAACCUUAUACUGGACGCAGACUUCUUUGAAUACCACACGCCAUAUAAGUUCGUAUUCCGAGCCUUCAUUCCAGUGAGGGAUCAGACUCUAGAAGUGGGACACACUUUGGUUAAACUCGAUUACGACUCACCCGUUGUCUCCAUAUAUCACACCAGACUUUUGCAGUCCACCCCAUUAUCCGCAGAUCAGGACAUCUUAUUAUUGGCUGAUAUAUCAGUCCCGGAAUGCGUUUUCCCGGUCCAGAAAAUAAUCUUAGUUUGGAAAGUAAUUGAUCCGCGAAUACUAUUCCCAUUGAAUGACACAGCGCUAAGACAUUCGAUAUCAUAUGAAAUCAAACCCAAUUCAGUGCCCACGGAUCGGGCCAUUGAUGUAUAUUUGAGCGCAUUCUUAGGGCAUCGACACAACGAGACGAGUGGCGCCCGGUUUACGUUUGUCUCGUCUAAAGCUCCUCUCAAAGCCAGUAUAGCCAACGGUUCCACAAAAAUAACCAUUGGUUCAAAGAGUGGUCCCUUUAGGCUGACAUCGAAAGCCUCGAAAUCCAAUCGAAGUCUAGUCUAUCAAUGGAGUUGUCACGAGAGCCGUACGGCUCAGCCCUGUUAUCACAACUUUAGUGCUUCCAAUGAAUUGAGUAAAAAUAGUCCAUUACUUAUAGAUAGGACUCUUCAGACACAACCAGAACUCGAGUUAGACUCGACUUACUUUCAACCAAACAAACAGUUUUGGUUUGGUUUACAAGUGUUUGAUAAAAACGAUAGGAAAAUAUUUUCAGAAACAGAAUACACUUUAGUAAAAGUGGUGGACGGGUUGGCGCCCCAGGUGUUCAUCGGACCCCUUUAUAUCAAAGGAGACCAUUUAGUCCCAUAUAAUGCCCAACUCUCUACUCAUUUAGUCCCGGCCCGCACUUCAGUCACUGUCACCGGUAUAAUAAAAGCGACCAAAUAUGUAAAUGUGAACAGUAUCAAAUGGGAGGCACCCAAUGGCAUGUAUGAUCUGAAUUGGGACUGGAGUCAUGUCGGCGAUGAAAUCCAUACACAACUUCAUCUACACGAAUCUCAAAUCAUGGCGUUUGGUGUCUAUAAUGUUAAACUGAUUGUCUGUAAUGGGAAGGACCUGUGCAGUGAUGUCGACACUUCUCUAAUGGGUGUCCAAAGUGUGUCGAUGUGUGAGCUGUCUGUCGAGCACUUCACUGAAUAUCAAUUAAGUAUAGCCAACGUCGAGAAGUGCAACACUCCUCCAAACGCAGCUCCGCUCACAUAUCAGCUCUUCUUAGCCGAUGAAAGCCUUCCGAACCCUUUGCCACUAUCUGUGCCACAGUUUUCUGGAGUAAUAAAGUUUAUGGGAACACCUAUUCCCGGCUCCAAACCCAUCACACGAUUUGCAGCACGCGUAUGUGAUAAGUUUGGAAACUGUGAACUCUAUUACUCUGCGUCCGUAACCAUUGAACAGUCGACGAACGAGACGUCAGCCAUAAGUGACUUAUUGAAAAUCGCCAAAAGAUACCAAACGGCCGGUGACUCCAUCGGCGCCUUAUCUGCAUUGGGAACUGUCCUCAUCAAACACAACUCACAUGUGUUUCCAAUUACUGAGAAAGUGAUCAACGAUUCCAUUGAAUACUCAAGACAUGCCUUAGAGCUCACUAAUCAAAUGCUUUCUGAGGGUCACCUCUCUGUCGUCUACACCACUCUCUCUAAUGCACUCUUAAAAAGUCAAAAUGUUUUGUCAAAACGACAAUUACUGGCAUUAAUACAGAAAUAUACCCAAAAAGCCAUUGCAUUGAAAGUGUAUCCAAGAGUAGAGACAAUUAAAAUCCUUUACUUCAAUCUCAUGAAAUCAUUUGUUAAAAGCAAAGCCCAGAGUCAUUCAAAUCUGAUCAAUGAUUUAGUCUUAUUAGAAGACAUCCAGAAUACCAUCAAAGCUGUCAGAUCUAUGGCCGCCUCUCAGACACCAUUGGGUUCUACUCUGAGACUCACGAGUACUGAGGAGAGAGCGGGAUUUGAGGCGGACAUUGCCGUCACUGAAAUCAUUCACAGCUAUAAAGUGUACGACACGAGCAUUAGAGCCAAUUUGGACGCAAACACAACGGUGGAGGCGAAGAUCAACUUCGGUGAAGAAGUCAAACAAAACUUCAGUUCAUUUUGGAAUUGCGGACAAACAGUGAGCUGUCAGAGUGUCAUCUUCUCUGUCACUAUAUAUCCCAAUGAGAAUCCAUUUCCAUCCAAAGAGGAAUCCUACAAACUGUCGUCAGUGAUAGAGCUGUCGAUUCACGCGCCCAAUACGGGUGAAGAGCAGAUCGUGAGGGGUCUGUUCAAAGCGGCCGCUUUCCAGACCACUAUCACCGGCAAUGCCAGCGAAGGCGGAUCUGAUUACAUCACAAAAUGCUAUUAUUUCGACCGACAUUUGAGAAGCUGGAGAGUAGACGACGUGCACCCACUGGGCAUCGCCUAUAAGCGAGUGGGCUGUUGGUCGGGACACCUCUCAACGUUCGUUGUGUUGCGAACUGUGGCCGGAAUUAGUGCUGAUUAUGUGAUAGGAGUGCUGGUGGCCUGCCUUAUGGGAGUCCUUGUGUUUGGAAUUAUGGUUGUAUUCUUCGUGCAGAAGAAGAGAGAGGACACCAACAGAAUAUCUCCCAAACCUAUCGCGAGUCCACCGAAAAAGCCUUUAGAAAACCCGCGAUACAGACAUUCAAUGCAAAAUGGGAUUGAAAUUCAAACGGCAUCCCAAUCAGUGCUGAUCACAGACUAA